CUGGGUUUGAUAAAACCCAGAUCUGGGUUCUUUCAACCCAAUAAGAACAAUCGAUGGCAAUGGAAUCGAAACCACGCAACAUCAUCUUCAACACAAAUCCACACCAGAACGGAGGGUUCUCUCCACACCUUGAAACUCCAAAAUCCAUAGAUUACAUUCACAUACGAAUCCACAAGCAAGAUUCAACAGACACCAAAAUUAGGGACGAUAAAGCAAACCAUAACAAUCCCAGCUUCGCACUUGAUGCCAAUCACAAUUCUAAAACAACAGAAAAAAAAUUCCUGAGGAAAUUGAAAUGACAAGCUCAAUGCACAACAAAACAAACCCACU